UUUAUAGCUCAUGUUUGUUUUACCAGCUGUUAAGUUCUCAAAAACUCUUUUCCCAAAUUGACCUCCUAAGUGGCAGGUAAAAUUGUCAAAGGACACAUUCUUGUGUAGAAACCCAUGACACUGAAUCGCCAGCUAUUUCAUGUCUAGAAUAUGAGAUAUGCAUGAUCUACACAACUAAGUAGAUGAAAGCACACCUUUUUUAGGGGUUCGGGGGUGCAUAGCCCUGGACCACAGUUCAAUGAGAAGUAUUGAUCACUAAACUAACUCAACAACUAAAACCAUGGAAAUGUUCCCAAGGAGGGGUAUGGCUGUGCUUGGGCAGAAGCCGCAGGGAAGAGUGGAAAGGUUAACACGAGCAGCCAGAGAAACAGGAGCAAAGGCGAUUGCGUAGCUCCAAGUUGAAAGCUGACUCUCAUCAUCGGGCAUACCUACGCCAUUGCUCAUCACCCGUGACUACCUCUGUCAAUUCCAAGGCGGGGAAGGGGAGGGGUCACGAGAAGGGAAGCAAGUGGGCAGAAAAGCCGGUUGAGAGGAGCCAGGAGGCUGGGAGCCAGGAGGCCGGCGGGGACUACAUUUCCCAGAAUCCAAUGCGGCGCGAAGCCUCGUUCCCGGGGCGCGGAUAGAAGACUUGCGGCAUGGGAUUGGUAGUCAGAAGGCAUGCGCCGCCCGAAGUAGGACUCUGGUGGGGAGAUGUGCAGAGAUUGGCUAGUGAGAGUCCGAGUCCCGCCCACAUGUGGUGACGACAGGCGGCGGUCUUGCUACUUAAGGCGUCGUGGCCUCGACCGCCCCGCCUUAGCUCCCGCGCUAGAGAGAAACAUGUAUCGUUUCCGAUCACAGCUCUUCACGGGGAUUUCUGCUGCCGCCACCGCCCACUCUUACCCCCGCCGCUUCUCGCCUCUGUUGUUAGCCGAAGACUCGCCUCUCAGCCGCCCGCCGCACAGACGCACUAGUAAAAAGUGCAGCUCCAUCGGCUGAUCCUCGCUAAGCUCCGAGUUUAGGCGGCACCGGGCGUCCCACGAUGCCGAAGAAUAAGAAGCGGAACCCUCCCCACCGCGGUGGCAGUGGUGGCGGCGGCAGCUCAGGGGCAGCUGCAGCGACGGCGGCGACAGCAGGUGGCCAGCAUCGAAAUGUUCAACCUUUUAGUGAUGAGGAUGCAUCGAUUGAAACAAUGAGCCAUUGCAGUGGUUACAGCGAUCCUUCGAGUUUUACUGAAGAUGGACCAGAAAUCCUUGAUGAGGAAGGAACUCAAGAAGACUUAGAGUACAAAUUGAAGGGAUUAAUUGACUUAACCCUGGAUAAGAGUGCGAAGACAAGGCAGGCAGCUCUUGAAGGUAUUAAAAGUGCACUGGCUUCAAAAAUGCUUUAUGAAUUUAUUCUGGAAAGAAGAAUGACUUUAACUGAUAGCAUUGAGCGCUGCCUGAAAAAAGGGAAAAGUGAUGAGCAACGUGCAGCUGCAGCAUUAGCAUCUGUUCUUUGUAUUCAGUUGGGCCCUGGAAUUGAAAGUGAAGAGAUUUUAAAAACUCUUGGACCAAUCCUAAAGAAAAUAAUUUGUGAUGGGACAGCUAGUAUCCAGGCGAGGCAAACUUGUGCAACUUGCUUUGGGGUUUGCUGUUUUAUUGCCACAGAUGAUAUUACUGAGCUGUAUUCAACUCUGGAAUGUUUGGAAAAUAUCUUCACCAAGUCUUAUCUCAAGGAGAAAGACACUAAUGUUAUUUGCAGCACCCCUAAUAUAUUGCUUCAUAUCAGCUCACUUCUCGCAUGGACGUUAUUACUGACCAUAUGCCCAAUCAGUGAAGUGAAGAAAAAGCUUGAGAUGCAUUUCCAUAAACUUCCAAGCCUCCUUUCUUGUGAUGAUGUAAACAUGAGAAUAGCUGCUGGUGAAUCUUUGGCACUUCUGUUUGAAUUGGCCAGAGGAAUGGAGAGUGACUUUUUUUAUGAAGACAUGGAAUCUUUGACUCAGAUGCUUAGGGCUUUGGCUACAGAUGGAAAUAAACACCGGGCCAAAGUGGACAAGAGAAAGCAGCGUUCAGUUUUCAGAGAUGUCCUGAGGGCGGUGGAGGAACGGGAUUUCCCAACAGAAACUGUUAAAUUUGGUCCUGAACGAAUGUAUAUUGAUUGUUGGGUCAAAAAACACACCUAUGACACCUUUAAGGAGGUUCUUGGAUCAGGGAUGCAGUACCACUUGCAGUCAAAUGAAUUCCUUCGCAAUGUAUUUGAACUGGGACCCCCGGUGAUGCUUGAUGCUGCAAUGCUUAAAACGAUGAAGAUUUCUCGUUUUGAAAGGCAUUUAUAUAACUCUGCAGCCUUCAAAGCUCGAACAAAAGCUCGAAGCAAAUGUAGAGAUAAGAGAGCAGAUGUUGGAGAAUUCUUCUAGAUUUUCAGAACUUGAAGACUAUUUUCUAAUUUCUUUUUCUUUUUUUAUUUCUUUCUCUUUUUUUGGCUACUUUUAAUGUAUUUAAACUCUAGAAACAGUUUUUAUCUUGGAUCAGCUUAGAUAACUUUUGUAGGGGGAGUUAUAUUACUUAUAAUUUAAUGUACAGUAUUGCAAAUGGUGAGUUCUGAUUAUUGAUUGUAAAUAUAAUUCAGUAAACAUGAAGAAAGUAUUUGUAAUGUUUGGUCAUAUUCUAUUUAUGAAGAGAGCAAAAAUAUGGUAUUGAUUUCAUAAUGAGAAAAAUUAUUAGCUGAGGUUUAAUUUCUUAUACUGUGGUUGUCAAAAAUACUGAUUGAUUAUAAUGAUAUAUACUCAUAAGGUAUUUAACUUAAUAUCUUAGACAAGAGUUCUGGAUACAGUUUUUGGGAGCUAGUUCCUCUGGAAAAGCUGCUAUAUUUUUAAUUUUAAAUGGAAUGUGGCUUUUAAAAUUUUGUCACUGGGAUCAAAAAAGGAAUUACACCAUGAGACCUUACAACCACACUUAAAAAGGCCAUUCAGUUCAGCUACUGGGAGUUUAUGAUGAGUUAGCAUAUGCUAGAAAGGUUGCUAACCUUAACUUCUGAGAGCAAGAACAUGGAUUCUGUCUGCUGUAUGAGACUGUGCUUUUUACUUUGAAAUAAAGAUCUUUUCACACUGAAA